AUGCCUAAGAAUAGGAGACAAUGGGACAACAGGAUAAUGGGAGAUCAACAAAUGACAUUGUCAAAGUAUGCCAGGCAUAUUAAAGGGACCGUGACAGUAAUACUAUUCGCCAUGGUGUCGCGCCUCGUCGAUCACGAGAGCUCAGAGUAUGGCGCUGAGCCAUUACCUGAGCCAUCACCUCCUGAAGAGUCCUGCGAACCACAUACUCAAAUCCCUGCUCCUUCAACUGACUAG